AUGAAGUUCACUGCCGCUUUAAUCUCCACUUUCGGUUUAGUCUCUGUUGCUAAUUCUAGUUUGAUCCAACGUGGUUACGACGAUGACGAUGGCAAGAAUCGCCCUACUCCAACCGACUACCCACCUCAUCAACCAAAAGUAACUUCAUUCCCCAACAAGUUUGCGUUGGGUGCCAAAGUCGGUGACGACAUCUUUAUUGCUUUUGAAUUGAGCGAUGGCCAGAUUGAGUAUGGUACAAAGAAGUAUACUAUCCCCUGUGUUACUCCAACUCCAAUUGUUGAACCAUGUGACACUGCUACUCCAACCACUGUGCCAUGUGAAGAGCCAACUCCAGAACCAGUCACAUAUACUCACCCUCAUCCAAGCAAGCCAUGGAAACGUGAUGGAUUCGAUUUCGACAAUGAUGAUUCAUGGUUGACUUUUGACAACUCCUUGGGAUACGAUUGGUUUACUUUGAAAAAUUCAGUCUUGAGAGAUUCCAAGUAUAGGAUUGGAGAGAUUGCUGCUAAUCAUCAAUUCCAAUUUGAUUCACCAGUUCAGCCUGAUGCGUUGUUCAGCUCUGGAUUCUCGAUUGUCCAUGAUGACGGAUAUUGGCUUUUGGCUUUGAAUGGCAAGACUGCAUUUUGGGAUUCUCCAGUGAAUGAUUAUGGUGUUUACAAGGUCUACAAUGCUCCAAUCAAUCCAAAAUCAAGACAAAUCGAACUUGUCGUUAUUGUUCUUGUUUGA